CACAAAGCAUCCUUCCAUCGAGCCGAGAGAUCACCGUGCCUUCAUGGAGUAUGCCGUCGAACAAGCCCGUCAUUCGCCUCCAGGACCCGACAAGUUCUGCGUGGGAGCGGUCCUCGUCAACGGCGACACCGGCGAGAUCCUAUCCACUGGCUUCUCAAUGGAACUUCCGGGCGACAUAGAAGGAGACUUGGGCACCACGCACGCCGAGCAGUGUUGUUUCAUCAAGGUAGCUCAGCAGCACGAUCUGCCCAUUGCAAUGCCCGAGACCCACAUCGGACCUGUCUUGCCCAGUCAUACCGUGCUGUACACUACCAUGGAGCCUUGCAAUGCACGAUUGAGCGGUAAAAGAACUUGCUGUGAUCGAAUCGUGGCUCUUAAGGCUCAACUGCGGACGGUUUACGUGGGGAUGAGAGAGCCUAGCACUUUCAUCGUUGAUAAUGAUGGCAAACAGCGCCUUGAAAGUGAAGGCAUCGGGUUUGAGAUGGUGGAGGGAUGCUACGAUAUGUGUCGCGAGGCUGCGAUGGCAGGACAUGGUUGAACAUGGAGCGCUUGCUGGCGGAGGUAAUAUCAGAACUGCAUACUCCGGGGAAUGCAGCGAGACAUUGCCUGGUAGCGGG